GGCGGGAACGUUGGACGUGGCGGGGCCCGGACAGUUGGGGUGGCGGGCCCAGGGUACUCUGCUCUCCACCCCGCAACCUGGCAUUCGGCGCAGCUGUCCAGUCCCGGAGGGGCGCCGCGCCUUUCCAGGUAGACUGGCGCCAGCCCAAGUAACCGUGGGGGUGGAGCCGCGGCAGCAAAGACCAGCGCGACUGAGACCGUUUGGGGCGGAUCGGGAGAAUGGCUUCAGAGAUGGAGUCGUCGCUUGAGGUAAGCUUCUCGUCCAGCGGUGCGGUGCUGGGGCCCUCAGGGUCUCUACUUCCGGCCCGCUCCCGCAUCUUCAAGAUCAUCGUGAUCGGCGACUCCAAUGUGGGCAAGACGUGCCUGACCUACCGCUUCUGCGCUGGCCGCUUUCCCGACCGCACAGAGGCAACUAUCGGGGUGGAUUUUCGAGAACGAGCGGUGGAGAUUGAUGGGGAGCGUAUCAAGAUCCAGUUAUGGGAUACAGCAGGUCAAGAACGAUUCAGAAAGAGCAUGGUACAACACUACUACCGAAACGUACAUGCAGUUGUCUUUGUGUAUGAUAUGACCAACAUGGCCAGUUUUCAUAGCCUGCCAUCUUGGAUAGAAGAAUGCAAACAACAUUUGCUAGCCAGUGAUAUACCACGGAUUCUUGUUGGAAAUAAAUGUGACUUGAGAAGUGCCAUUCAGGUACCUACAGACUUGGCACAAAAAUUUGCUGACACACACAGUAUGCCUUUGUUUGAAACCUCUGCUAAAAACCCCAAUGAUAAUGACCACGUGGAAGCUAUAUUUAUGACCUUGGCUCAUAAGCUCAAGAGCCACAAACCAUUAAUGCUUAGUCAGCCCCCUGAUAAUGGAAUUUUCCUGAAGCCUGAACCAAAGCCUGCAAUAACGUGCUGGUGCUAAAUAUUUAAUUUUGACUAAAGAAAUACUUUUGAAGAAUGACAGUGAUGAGUCAUGAGAUUUAACCUCAAAUAUAAUAGAUCAUCUUGAUACUCUGUUUGUCAUUGUCAUGCUUACUUUUGUACUUUGCAUCCAUGUAAUCAAGUUUGUCACUGUGCAAGUUGGUUUUCAGAUGAGGCUGAAAUGAAGCAAAGGUAUGAAGAAUCAGAAUGUCUUUCCAUUGAUAGCCUAAUAAAGGAGGCUUAAUAUCAGGGUGCAGUGGAAUUUUAAGAGUCAGCAGCUAAUUCAAUCCUCUGUUCCUGGGAUUGAGAAAAAUAUAUAAAGAGUUUAGUACAUACCUACAGAUAUGUCCUUUGAAUGGAAAGUGUUCUCAAUAAGGUAAAAACUAUUAUUUACCUCUCCUCACAGUCCUUUAAUUUGUAUUAUUAAUGUAUUUAAUUGCAUUAUUAUUGGCACAUUUUAGAGCCUAAACUUUAGUGCCAGUGGGAGGAGAAGGAAGAGAAUGUUUUCUGGCUCUCAGUCCUUGAAGAAGGGCCUGUCCAAUACUCUAAAUUCUUCAUACUUCUAAUCAAUAUCAAUUAGUUCUAUAAAAAGCAUUAUUUUUAAAAGAGUAAUUUGAAUUGUGUUCUUACUAAAUUCUAUUAAAAUAUGCAAAAGUAAGUCAGAUUUUAAGAUAAAUUAAGUGAUAUAAUCAGGCACUUUAUAUUUUAUUUUGGCACAUUUAAACAAUGAGAAACAAAUUGAAAGCAUUGGAGGAAUUGUAACUUGGGGGAAAGUAGGUAAGCAUAGUUCCUGGCUACCACCACAAGACUUAUUUUAACUUUUAGUAAUUUCAAGCCGUGUAUCUGAUGUAUUAUCUCUUGCUCCUCCUCCCCUGAAUAAUUUAAUGACUAAAGGCUGAAUUAACAAAUCAUCAGCUUUCAUUUAGUUUGUAGCUCUGAGGGCGUAGCUCUAAUUACUCUGAGUCUGCGUGUCUCUCUCUGCAAUGGUAUUGUGUUGUAGUAUAUCAAUUAAAUUCCUUACAUUUUGUGGUCAUAGUGAACUAUUUCUCAGUAUGAAAAGUAAGUUAGAUAUUGAAAAAUAUCUUGUCUAUCCCUCAGUUGUGGAAAGAAUAUUUGCAAAAAAAUUUUUACCCUAAAUGCUUUUACUUUGAAUUUAAGACUUUGCACAUAGAAAAUAGCAAGCUUGCAUAUGCAGCUGUUACAUAAAUGGAAUGUAAGCCAUGAACUUGAACUGAAAUGUGCACAUUCACUAAUUCUAAUAGAUUGCUGUCCUUGAUAAUUUUAGAGGAAAUUAAGUAAAAAGAUGAUUGUACUUAGAAUAUUUUCAGAAUGGUGAAAAAGAAUUACAUGUGGAAUUUAGGUUCUGAUUUUUGCUCAAUCUUCAUGGUGGUCCUAUCAGGAUAAUGUAAUUACUCAAACAAGAUAAUUCUAUUAACUAACCAAAAGUAAUAAUUAGAGGAAAUAAUUAUUCAGCUUUAAAUGUUAGCACUCAAGGAAAGAUAAAUUGACUUUAUUUGAGCUUAGGGAAGUUAAUCAGUUUUUCUUAGUCAUGAUAGAAUUAAAAAUUCUUUGAUUUUCUAAAUUAACAUUGAUUUGUAACUAUUUUUAUAUAAAGUAGUGACAGCUAUGAUAAUUGUGAUGGGUGUGACAGUUUUUAAAAGAAGGGAAUCUGUAUAUUGCUUUCGAAACAUUUUCUAAAAUGAUGAAAAAGUUUACAAACUUUCCAAGCACACUUAAGUUUUUCAGUAUAACUACUAAUUAAUGGCUUUAAAAAUGUAAUUUAACUUUAGUUCUUUUUGUAAGAAGUUAGCAGUAACUAUACUUUACAGUUCUGUGAAAAGACUUAAUCUUUUUCACUUUAAUAUUUAUUAAUUUUGAAAGAUUUGUAUCUCAUUUGUAAGAGUUUAUUGUUCUAAUUUUUUGUGUGUAUGUUUUUAUUUUAAAAAGAAUAUACUUAAAAGUUGAAUGGGGAUAAAGCUUUUAGAUAUUUUUCCAAAAUAUUUAUAAAACAAUACAUUGACUGAGAAAUCAUUUCCAGAAUGGUGGCUACCUUACAACUAAUUAUUAAUUUUUUAAGCAGAAAUCACACAUUUUGUAGACCAGUGAGAAUUUAUUUUAUCUAGGAUCUUCAAUUGGCAACAUCAAUCAGAUAUGUUUUGGAAAAGUCUUAAUUUGAGAGCACUAAAGAAAGCUAAUCCAGAAUCCAAUGUAGUUAGCUAUCAGUUGCAGCAGUCUUUUGAAAGAAAUUUGGAUUUCCUCUUGAAAUCCAAGCUAAAGUCAAAUAAUUUUGUUGUGGAAUAAUGUCACUGUAACAUUCCUCCUAUGUUCAAUAAACUAGAUUUGCCACAAAGAAA